AGCGUCGUUUCAAGGAGCACCGCCAUGCUGACGUUCCCGCUCUCGCGAGAGGAGUGUUUUUUGGGGGACAUACCCCCGCGCGUGCGCAGUACGUGCGUCUUGCUCAAUGUUUUUGUUUUAGCUCUGCAGCUCGUGUUGAAGAUGAACACAGUCAAAAUGGAAACGACGGGGCUGAUGCUUAGUGUUGUAUUUAUUUUUAUCUUCGCCUCAGUAGCGUGCACCGAGGCGCCGCCCAGGCAGCUGAAUACGGAAAACAUCCUGAUCAACGUGACAGCAGGGACACUGACUGACACACAGCUACAGGAUACCAACAACUUACAGAUCAAUUUAAACAUUUCGGUGGGUGAAGAGCAGGUGCUGGUCAACGACAUCCCGGUGGAGCUGUCAGGGGUCACCAGGUUCAACUGUCAGGCUCUUCUCUUAGACAGCAUCAAUGGAAGCAGCGACUUUGAGUCUGGAGACUUGGUGUCCACCGUCACCCGGGUGAUGGUGAGCCAGAACCGGCUGUACAGCGACUCAGAGGAAGUGGUAGCUCUGCAGGUGUUCAGUGAAGUUAUAGAGAUGGAGGGCAAAGAGGUCCAGCAGCCUGACAUGUGUGAGGUGAAAAUACUGAUGAGCCCAGAUUUCCAGAAACUGGCUCAGUUCACCAAUAUCUACCCCAUCGGACACAGUGAGAUCUUCAGGAUUCCCAGAGAGAAUGAUGUCGUUGUCACUGAUCCACCAAGUCCUAGAAAAGAUGAAGAACAGCUGAUCUCCCACACCACCAGCCAGUACCCCCUGAAGCACACAGAGACCACCCAGGAGGAGAUUGCUGCUCCGGGAAAGCUCCCAGAGACUCCCCUGCGUAUGGACCCCGACAUGCUGUACGAUGUCAGAUACGAGGAUGAAUAUGAUGACAAAGAGCUGAGCCAGACGGAUCAGAUACAGAUGGAAACUCCGCCCAAAGAAUUCAUAUCAUCCUACUCUGCCAUGUGUCAGUGGGUGGAGGAGGUGAGGGAGCGUCUGAGGCGCUUCAGCUCCGAGUCGCUGCCUCUUUUCUUCCUGGUUAUGUGGGUGGUGGUGAUCGGCGUUGUUGGGUCGGCGGUCAUCGUCAAGAUCUUGGACAUCUUCUUCCCAACUUGUGAACACAAGCACAUUUUUCACCUAAACCCUGUCACUCUAAUGCCGGAGGAGGAGAAGCACACCCUGCUGGAGAACAUAGAAAUAGAAGCAGAGGAAGAAGAGAAGAAGCCUUGAAUGAAGGAUUGACUUGGCCGGCUCCUUUAUUUUCAGUUUGUUCUUAUUUGUUCUUGGUUAGUGUGUUAAGUUGUCAGCAUGGCCUGGUUCUGUUGCUUGCUUAUCCGGACUUGUGAACGGCUAGUUUUCCCUUUAAUUCACCCUCUAAGCACAUUGGCCGUGGACCAGACGGUGGUCUUAAACAAACCGACUAAACUCAAUUUGUUGGUUCAACGCUCGUCCACGCGAACGCCUCAAAUUUAGUCACACGAUCAAAACAGAAAGUGCUGAACUGUGAAGGAACUGAGAGCUCUUUCCGUUGGAGUGCAACAGCGUUUGUGCAGUCAGCUCAUCGUCUGCACAGAUAAUCAAACUCUUUGAUUGGUCAGAUCAUUUAAUGAAGUCACAAACGACAUUGUUACAUUCCUGUUCAAGUAACUGGUAUUCAUUCUUGACUUUGAAAACAGCAGCUGAAAAAAAUCACCAUCUUAAGAUCCAUUUAGUAGUUUUUCUUCAUGAAGAUCACGUGAUGAGGUUGAAAGCUUGGAAUUUAGAGGUUCAGCUUUUAAAGGAAUAGUUUGACAAUCUGGGGAAUUGUGCUUCAUCGCUUUAUUGGUGAGAUAUAGAUGAGGAGAGCAGACGUGUAGCUUAGCAUAAAGACUGUAAAGAAGGGAAAACGGCUAGCCUGCAUGCUACAUCUGGUUUGUUUCAUCACUACAAAAACAGAAGUGUAAAAAUUACGUGCAGAUUGCUCGGCUGGGCGUAGUAACUUCCGAGAGGGCUGGCUUACCAUAAAACUCAUUUACCGAUGAAGAUCAUGUCACAUGAUCAAAAGCUUCAGAAAUGCUACUAAAUGGACCUUUUAAAUUAGAGUUUUUUCUUUGGUUGGCUGUAUGUUGUCAACACAAAGCAGAUCUGAGUCGGUGUAACACACGAAUAUGAACAAACUGAGUAUUUUAGGGGCUGAAUUCAGUGACUUUGCGUCACUAUAAACUGACUAUAUAUGUAGUAGUAUACUUUCUUUACACAAUGUUGACCCCCCCCGUACCCCGCUACUGGAAACAAUGUGUGAAGAAAGCCUGACGCAGACAGUGAGUCCUGCCUGUCGCCCUUUCAGUGAAGAGACAAAUCUGUCCAUAUUUGAAUCUGUUGUCACGUAUAGCUCAGAUGAAGCAACGUCAUAUUGAAUCUAAAAAGAUUGCUGCGUCUGGAAGAAGUUAUUACAAAUCUUGUGUCUGCACAUUCAGUGUUUUCCUCCCGCAUCUCUUCUUAACUCUGAAUGUCACUAAUAAUAAAAAAAAACAACCUCCUUUCAAGAUGUGCCGCCACGUUCGAGGCUCGUACAUUGAUUGUCUUCUUCACAGUGCCUCAGUGACCGUUUAUGGGAUGUUUAUCAGUAAAGGGAGAGAAUGUAAGUGUGGCAUUUCAGAUUGUUUAUGCACUCUAAAUAUAUAAGACUAUGACUGGACUGAUGUUAAAUACAGUGUGUACGCUCGACAUGAGCAUAAAUUUAAAGUGUAAAUUACUGUUGGAGGAAAGAAUCUGCACUUAGUUUUACAGUUUGAAGUGAAUUGGACUUGAACCUGCAUGGCUGUUCCUUAUUUGUUUUUGUUUUUUAUUUUCUUUUGUGGUCAUCUCAUUGUGACUUAUAGACAAGAAUGACUUCAGUGAAACAGAAUGCUUCUAGGCGGUGUGUGAGGGACCAAGCCGGUGUGGAGAUGGCAGGGUAUUGGUCAAAAAAUGAUGUUUAUUGAAUCCAGAACUCAGCAAGUGUGUCAACAUGUCCUAUGUUAUUUUCAUGCUUUUUAAAAAAAACAAAAAAAAAACACCCUUUAAACAUCAGCUCGUGUACCUCAGAGCUGCUGAGGUCGUGAUUUCAUCUCCCCGUGGUUCAGUUAAUCUGCAGAGUGCAUGAUGUGCUGUGAUAGCAAAAGGUGCAUGUGUAGUCUUAGCUUGUGAAUGCAGUUUGCUGUCCUGUCAGCAGGUUAUACAUUAAAACUAGGAAGCUGCAUGAUGACUCAAAACAGCUCAAACCUGUAUUUGGAACAGCCUCAAACUCUAAAUGAACUCAGCACCACAGAGUGCUGGAUGUGACAUUUAAUUAGCCUGUAAGGCAGACGACAUGUCAGGCAUGAAGUCGGAUGUUGCUGAAUAAAACAAGAUAUUUUCAUUU